AUGCUUUCUUUACAACAAUCCGCUCAACUCGCAACGAUGAAAAACUUCCUCGUCCAAUGUCGAGAAAAUGGUUAUGGGAAUGUUAGAGAAGGAAUUAGAGCAAAUUAUGAUGUGUUCGUAGAUGAUUUAUUGGCUAUGGAUUGUAAUAAUGAGGAGGAUUUCAAUCGUUUCUGCGGUCAAUUUCGCACAAUUAUGGAGGGAAUUCAAAUGUUCAACCCCAACUUGGUCAUUCCGCAACUAUUUCAAUGGAAUGAAUUCAACCCGAAUACUCUUCCCUAA